ACAUGGCAGAACUCCUCCUUGGGGAGUCGAAGCUGGAGCAGUACUUGAAGGAACACCCUCUGCGGCAGGGGGCCAGUCCCCGAGGCCCCAGGCCCCAGCUGACCGAGGUCCGAAAGCAUCUGACCGCUGCCCUGGAUCGAGGGAACCUCAAGUCAGAAUUCCUACAAGAAUCCAAUCUGAUCAUGGCCAAGUUGAAUUAUGUGGAAGGAGAUUGUAAAGAAGCACUCAACAUCUAUGCCCGGGUGGGCCUCGAUGACUUGCCACUGACGGCCAUCCCCCCCUACAGGUUGCGGAUGAUUGCAGAGGCCUACGCUACCAAAGGACUUUGUUUAGAGAAGUUGCCUAUUUCCUCUUCUACCAGUAACCUCCAUGUGGACCGGGAACAGGAUGUCAUCACCUGUUAUGAGAAAGCAGGGGACAUUGCACUCCUGUACCUUCAGGAGAUAGAAAAGGUAAUACUUUCUAAUAUUCAGAACAGAAGUCCUAAGCCUGGCCCUGCUCCCCACGAUCAAGAACUAGGUUUUUUCCUAGAAACAGGACUUCAGAGAGCCCAUGUCCUCUAUUUCAAAAAUGGGAACUUGACAAGAGGAGUUGGGAGAUUUAGAGAGAUCCUCAGAGCUGUUGAAACAAGGACAACUCAAAACCUGCGAAUGACAAUAGCCAGGCAGUUGGCAGAGAUCUUGUUGCGGGGUAUGUGUGAACAGAGCUACUGGAACCCCCUGGAGGACCCACCAUGCCAGUCACCCCUGGAUGAUCCCCUCCGGAAAGGAGCAAACACAAAAACCUACACCCUCACCCGGAGACCCCGUGUCUACUCAGGAGAGAACAUUUUUUGUCCUCAAGAAAAUACUGAAGAAGCCCUGUUGUUAUUGCUGAUUAGUGAAUCAAUGGCCAACCGGGACGCUGUGCUGAGCAGGAUACCUGAGCACAAGAGCGACCGCCUCAUUAGCUUGCAGAGCGCGUCUGUGGUCUAUGACUUACUGACCAUCGCUCUGGGAAGAAGAGGCCAGUAUGAGAUGCUGUCUGAGUGCUUAGAAAGAGCCAUGAAGUUUGCCUUUGAGGAGUUCCACCUCUGGUACCAGUUUGCCCUGUCGCUGAUGGCUGCUGGAAAAUCUGCACGUGCCGUGAAGGUGUUGAAAGAGUGUAUCCGUCUGAAGCCUGACGAUGCCACCAUCCCGCUCCUUGCUGCGAAGCUGUGCAUGGGCUCCCUUCACUGGUUGGAAGAGGCUGAAAAGUUUGCCAAAACUGUCGUCGAUGUGGGAGAGAAAACAUCCGAGUUCAAGGCCAAAGGCUACUUAGCUCUGGGGCUCACGUACAGUCUGCAGGCUACUGAUGCUUCUCUGCGAGGGAUGCAGGAGGUCCUGCAGAGAAAGGCGCUUCUUGCAUUUCAGAGGGCCCACAACCUGUCACCUACAGAUCACCAAGCAGCUUUCUACCUGGCUCUGCAGCUUGCCAUCUCCAGACAGAUUCCAGAGGCUCUGGGGUACGUCCGCCAAGCUCUUCAACUUCAAGGCGAUGAUGCCAACUCCCUGCACCUCCUUGCUCUCCUACUGUCAGCCCAGAAGCAUCACCACGACGCCCUGAACAUCAUUGACAUGGCCCUAAGUGAAUAUCCAGAAAACUUUAUACUACUGUUUUCCAAAGUGAAGUUGGAGUCGCUCUGCAGGGGCCCAGAUGAGGCUCUCCUCACCUGUAAGCACAUGUUACAGAUAUGGAAAUCCUGCUACAACCUAACCAACCCCAGCGAUUCUGGACGUGGGAGCAGCCUCUUAGAUAGAACCAUUGCUGACAGACGACAGCUUAAUACAAUUACUUUGCCAGACUUCAGCGAUCCCGAGACAGGUGAGAAUAAAAAGCCAGAGGGGAUGAAAUGGUGUCAAAGAAAACGGGGCCUGUCACUGAGAAGGCAGCUGCCCCAAGGGCCUCUGAAGGGCAGUGAACCAGGGAAGCAUCUGCUCUCGCUCUCCCCCACAGCUGAGGUCUACAUCGGCAUUGGGAAGCCCGCAGAAGCCACAGCAUGCACCCAGGAAGCUGCCAACCUCUUCCCCAUGUCCCACAACGUCCUGUACAUGCGAGGCCAGGUUGCCGAGCUCCGAGGAAACAUCGAUGAAGCCCGGCGGUGGUAUGAAGAAGCCUUAUCCAUCAGCCCCACCCACGUGAAGAGCAUGCAGCGACUGGCUCUGAUCCUUCACCAGCUGGGCCGCUACAGUCUAGCAGAGAAGAUCCUCCGGGACGCAGUCCAGGUGAACUCAACAGCCCACGAGGUCUGGAACGGGCUGGGCGAGGUCCUCCAAGCCCAGGGUAACGACACAGCAGCCACCGAGUGCUUCCUGACGGCCCUGGAGCUGGAGGCCAGCAGCCCGGCCGUGCCCUUCACCAUCAUCCCCCGCGUGCUCUGAGCCCCUCCGGGGGCGCCAGGGAUGUCUGAUUGCCCCCAGGGGGUGACUGACACAGAGCACUGAGGCCAUAGAUGAAUGUUCGAUUGACCACAAUGAACUAACCAAACUACCCCCGAAUCCCCACUCUCUCCACAUGCAUUUCUGUCCAUAUCAUUUCAGCCCAAUGAUAGUUUUGAACCUCCUGACAUUGUUCCAAAUGGAUUAUGUGCCAUAUUUUGUUAGUUGACAUCUGAGUUUUAAGUAAAAUGAUUAUGGAAUUAAUCAGCCAAUGUAGAAGAAUAUAUUCGAAGUUAAAAUGCAGUGGCAGAACAGAUUAUUUUUAUCAGAGCUGUAAAGAAAAACCUCUCUCCUCACCAUCACUGCUGCCCCUCCCCUGGCCCAGAAACCAAAUGUGAAUCUUCCGUUUCCCACCUCAGUACUAGUCUGAACCAGGAGCCAGCUGACAAUUUCUUAGUUUUGUUGUCAAUAAUUGUACCAUGUGAUGAAUCCCUGCCCUCACUUAGAACAAAGCCUGAGUCCAAGAAUAUUUAUAUUUUACCAAUAUAUGCCUGUUACAAGAGAAGGAAAUAUGAGUUAUUUAAGUUUAACUUUUUUAUGUGAAUUCAGAGUUUAUUUAUCGAUGGAAAUAUGUACAAAGAAGCUUCAAAUGGGAUAUUUACCGACAUUCCUUAUACACGACAGACACUUGGCUAA